AUGGCGUCUGAUGCGAAGAUGAUCGAGGAGUUCUGUAGCAAGAGGUUUGACUAUCUCAUCCUUGGUGGUGGGACCGCCGGCCUUGUGCUAGCUGCAAGACUCUCCGAAGAUCCUUCUAUUACCGUCGGAGUCCUGGAAGCAGGGGAGCUAGAGCCUGAUAAUGCUCCCACUGGGGAGUUGUUGUUGAACUUCUCAACUAGCCCUGAAGAUCCUGCCCGCGACUGGGGAUUUCAAACUGAGCCUCAGCGUUAUGCCGAUCACAAUGUCUAUGACUGGCCCAGCGGCAAGGUUGCUGGGGGUUCAAGCGUCACCAACCACGAAAUACUCUCCAGGGGUUUCAAAGCCGAGUAUGACGACUGGGAAAUUCUAGGCAAUCCAGGUUGGGGCUGGGAAGGCCUGCUUCCUUACUUUUCAAAAGUAGAAGCUCUUCAGUCUGUUAUGUGUGGCGAUAACGACUCUCAAAACGCUCACGAGCCAAACGAAAAUGUGGCCGCAGAACCGGUUGAAGGUACUACCGUCCGCAACGGAACCAGAUACAAAACCGUUUGGCAUCAUGCCUGGGCUGAACUCGGCAUAUCCGAGUGUAACGCUGGCCUAAAGCACCGACAGGGAAUCCAGGUUAAAGAAUCGCCUGCCAACUUACCCGCAAGUGCUCAAUUCAAUUCUAUGGCAGUUUAUUACCGUCCAAGUAUGCAUAGAGAGAACUUGCAUUUUUUGCCGACUAUCUUGAUUUCAUCCGUGAAAUUCACCAAAAAGGAAGGGAGCAAGUUGAUUGCCACCACAGUUGAAUUUAUGCAUUUCAACAAAACUUAUAAGUGUGAAGCUGGAAUGGAGAUAAUCAUCUGCUGCGGGACGGUGAUGUCUCCUGGAAUCCUCGAACGAUCAGGCAUAGGUUCAAAGUAUAUCCUUGACGGGUUUGGCAUCGAGACACUCGUCAACAUAUCUCGAGUGGGAGAAAACCUUCAGGACCACAGUUAUAGCUAUAACCUUGUGGAAAUGCCCGGCGAGGAAAGCUUACUGAAUGAACGACUGGAGCAGCUUGAAGUCGAAGGAACUGCGGUCGAGAACCGCAAUCCAUCUCAAAACGGAAUCUUGUCUUCCAUGUCCAAUCUGAUGUCGUAUGUCGCUUACGGACAGGCUUCCAUGGGUCGUGUGUCGGCACCAUCUGAAAUAGACCUCGACGCCAUCCGCAGAACCCCGUUACUGCGCAAACAAUACGAUCUCACUAUCAGACGCAUCCGCAAUCCUAAAGCCCCGUGCUUCCAGUAUUUGAUCGUUCCCAACUAUCCCUCGAAUCUGCUCCUGGAACCGUCCUCGGAAGACACGGAAAACUGUGUAGGAAUUCUGACUUCGGUGUCGACGCCUUUCUCACGAGGUUCGGUCCAUAUUGAAAGUGACAAUCCGCAGACCUACCCCUCUAUCAACCCGAAAUACCUCGAACAUCCACUAGAUUUGAGGCUGUUGAGAGCAGCGACGCGAAUGUCUCUUGAUUUUCUUGCCACUGGUGCUGUCACCAGUGCUGUCAAGGACGUAAUCAUUCCAUGUGAUCCAAUGUUGACAGAGCGAGACUUUGAUGAACACUCUCGCGAGACGUGCGAAAGUUUCGUGCACCCGAUUGGUACGUGUGCGAUGAUGCCAAGAGAGGAUGGUGGUGUGGUUGAUCCAGAUUUGAUUGUUUAUGGCACUGAGAAUCUUCGUGUGGUGGAUGCGAGUAUCAUUCCGUUGCAUAUCUCUGGGAACAUCGGGUGGACUGUUUAUGCGAUUGCUGAAAAGGCAGCAGACAUGAUCAAGAGUCAGCAGCACAAGUUCAGGAACGCUGUCUGA